AUGCUCUCGAUAUUAUGCGAAAUAAACGGCGUCUGCGCUCCGUCAUCUCCAGCGCCUUCAGCACCGAAAACGAUUUCUGAUCUCGCUUUGCACGAGUGUCAUAGGCUCCUCUGCACCAUCCGCACAGGAAAAACCGGCGUUUUCCAUGCUUUCGUACCUAACUCGGAAACUCUAAACGAGGCCACAACUAUUAACCGCCAAUCCGUGACGUCAGCCAAAAUGGUAGCCUCGCAACCCACCGGCAUCGCCAACGCCGAUUUAGCGCAAGGCAAAGAACAACCGAACGCAAAGCGAAACCACUGUCUUCGCAUAAGCAGAGAGAAAAGCAGAUCUUUGCCAGAGGCAGAUCGAUUCCACUCUGCUUCUAGAGGCAAAACCUACGCGAAUUUAGGUCGCGAUACACAUAUCAAGGUAUCCCCUCCGACCACCUUGACGUUACAGAGGGGCUUAGUAGCCGUGGCUUGG